UAGUUCCCGUUAAUUCCCCCGUUUAGGCUGCCACUCUUCUGCCAUUGCCCCCGAGCAGCGUUAAUUGGUCUCAAUGUGAUGCGACCUUUUGGAAUAUGUGCAAAUCAAGCUCCUCAAAACAGGAAGUCCCUGCUCCCACGACAGCAAAGCGUUCAUGUGGACAAAUCCAGAGUCCUUUUCUUUCUUUUCACCUCCCAACUUGUUGCUACGGCGACUGGCUGGUGGACCAGGAAGAUGCGUCAAGUCGGGCGUGUUAAGGACGGUGGGUGACAGAAAAGGUAGCCCCCUCUUUCCCUUCACAAUAAAAGACAAGCUUGUCUAUCAAGUAGAAGACAUGACUUGAUGUUUCCUUUGUCCCAUAAUCAUAUUUAGGAAACAUGGUAAAUGUCAGUCGAGUUACUCUUCUUACUGCAGCAUUGUAUUUUGUGUCAAUUUAAAUUUGCAGUUGCACUGUUUUAUUGUGAAAGUGUGAGUGGAUGCGGGUCUUGUAAAGGUGUGUGUGUGUGCGUGCAUGUGUGUGUGUGUGCACGUUUGAUAUGUUAGGGUUUUUUUUUUUUUCCCCCUCCACACAUCACAUCUGAGCCUCAGAGAGAAGGAAGCCUCUUGAGUUUCUCUCCAACUAAACAUCUCAGGAUAUUUUUAUUUCCAUCAUCACCUCCAGAAAAACUUUUUUCCCCUUGGUUUGUUUUUGCGGAUGCUUUGUAUCGAAGGAUGGACAAGUACGAGAAGAUGGGCAAGAUCGGCGAGGGUUCGUACGGCGUGGUCUUCAAAUGUCGCAACAGAGACUCGGGACAGAUCGUAGCCAUCAAGAAGUUUGUGGAAUCGGAGGACGACCCCACCAUCAGGAAAAUCGCACUCAGGGAGAUCAGGAUGCUUAAGCAACUGAAACACGGCAACUUGGUGAAUCUGAUCGAGGUGUUUCGGCGCAAGAGGAAGCUUCACUUGGUGUUUGAGUACUGCGACCACACGGUGCUCCAUGAGCUGGAGCGACACCCCCAAGGCGUUCCUGAGCAUCUGGCAAGGAGCAUCACGUGGCAGACGCUUCAAGCGAUUAACUUCUGCCACAAGCACAACUGUAUCCACAGAGACGUGAAGCCUGAGAACAUUCUCAUCACCAAACAGCACGUCAUCAAACUGUGCGACUUUGGCUUUGCCAGGAUUCUCACGGGGCCAUGCGACUCGUACACGGACUACGUGGCCACACGCUGGUACCGUGCCCCCGAGCUGCUGGUGGGGGACACGCAGUACGGCCCCCCCGUGGACGUGUGGGCCGUCGGUUGCGUCUUCGCCGAGCUCCUCUCCGGCGUUCCGCUGUGGCCCGGCAAGUCCGACAUGGACCAGCUCUACCUGAUCCGCAAGACCCUCGGAGAUCUGAUCUGUCGCCAUCAGCAAAUUUUCAGCACCAAUCAAUUCUUCCACGGCCUCGCCAUCCCGGAACCUCUACAGAUGGAACCCCUGGAGCUGAAAUAUCCAAACCUCUCCCACCAAACUCUCAGUCUCAUGAAGGCUUGCCUUCGUAUGAACCCGAGCGAGCGUCUUCCAUGCGAGCAGCUGCUGCAGCAUCCUUAUUUUGAUAACCUGAGACACAAGUACCAGCGCAACGCUAAACAGGGCAACAUCAAUGCCAGCGUGGGGCACGAUCGCCACGGCAACAGGAGGACCCGCCUGCCGCGCAAACACCUGCCAUGUUUACCUCAGCUGACAGGCAGCAGCAUCUUCCCCGUUUCGGACACCAAGAAGUACUUUCACAACCUCAGCAAGUUCAACUAUCACCUGCCCAACAUCUAGAAACACGUCUACCCGUGCAUCAACCAAACUCAGGAAGUGAAGCAAAGCGCUGGAGAUGAGUGACUGACAUUUGUCGGUGUCUUUUCCUCAUAUGACUUUUUUCAAGUCUUAGCUAGCUGACGGAGGACAAGGAGCGUCGUAUGACACUAUGCUCCGCUUAUACAUGACAUGGAAGAUUUGGUCAAAUCUUCCGCACCCCAAGUCAAGUAGGAUGCCACUUUUUUUUUUUUUACUUUCUCAAUUGUAUUUAUUGAAAUAAGCAGAGAGACAAUAACAUUGAUAAUUUAGUGGACAUGAUCCCCACAUUGGUGCUAAGGACGUCCGCGGUUGUGGAAAUGCCAAAUGGUUCAAAUUUGAGUGCAUCAAUUCAAGGCUCCUUUAUAUUCCAUAACUCAUGGAUCAAAUGUUGCUGUACCACUCGGUGGUUGAGACCCUAAAUUGUUUGCCUACAUUUGUGCUACCAUGAGAUAUAACUUAGAUUUGUUGGCAACACAAAACAAAUCUCAGCAUGUAAACCCAAAAUUGGCCCAUGGAAGCGUACAGGCAUUCAUGUUUGCGACAAAGCAUAAACGAGUCUUUUUGGCGUCAAGCUAAAAGGACCAUGUUGAUGAGAAAUAAAUUGGUGUGAAC